CUCUCUUGCACGCUUACUUUUUCCUCCCCUCUUUCAUAUUCUCUUCUCUCAGCUCCCGUUUAUUACAUUAACCCUCUCUCUCUCUCUCUCUCUCUUUCACUCUUGUAACUUCUCUCCCGCUUUUCCUCCUUCAGUCACUCUCUUUAUCUCAAUCCAAGCCCCUCACUCAACCUUUUCUUUAUUCUCGCUUCCUUUCCCCUAUUCUCUACAACUCACUCUCCCUUCGUCACCCUCUCUCAUAAUCCUUACUUUUACUUCAACUUCUCUUUCCCUCCCUCAAACAGCCACCGCGACUGAGACGAACCCGACAACCAACCGACCGACCGAUCACCCGGCCAGCCAGCCAACCAUAUGAAGCUAUUUCAACGAAUCAACAAAACACGGACUUUAGUUUUCCCUCGUAAACACACGCGAGAAACAGUUGUUACGGAAAAGGAUGAUAUAUAAACACACACUGCCCACUGAUGAUGAUGAUGGCAAAAAAUAUACGAAUCACAAAAAAAGUAUGAAUUAGAAAAAAGAAAUAUUUUCCAAAGUAGUUUUUUCAAAAUAUUUUUUUCUCUUUUCCUGGAGUUUGGAGACGACUCCAACGUGUUAAAAAAAAACAAACAUAAAAGAAAGGAAAAAAAAAAAGAUCUUUAAAAAAGCUUCACACAUACAGAAAAAAGUAUAUUUUAUCUUUAAUCAAAUAAUACAAAAUUGAUAGAUAAAAAAACGAAAAAAGUUAUAUACAUAUAUACACAUAGAUUGUUAUACCGUUUGUGUACAUACGACAUAUCUCACACACACACACACACACACCACGUUCAUACUACAUCAAAUACAUACAUUACUACAUACUUUACAAAACUAUUGAGAAGAUAAAGAUAAUGGAGUGUUCUCUGCAUAUUUCUUUGUUGGCGUUCCUGUGCAAUAAUAACAGCAAGCUCGUUAACUUGUGGCUGCUAAUUUUUAUAUUUAUUGGUGCCCAGUGUUUGGAUGUUACCUACCAUGUGGAUGAACAAAAACUGUCCGGCACUUACAUCGGAAACAUUGCAGCUGACACACAUCUUCUUGACUAUAAAAUGGUUACGUUCAGUAAUUUAAAGAAAGGCAAAGGUCGGAGUACUGAAAUGUUUAAUGUGUCUAAGAGUGGUGAGCUGUAUACUGCCCAAACUCUAGAUGCUGAGACAUUAUGUAAAUAUAACAGUGAAUGCUAUAGAAUCGUCGAUGUUGCUGUGCAAAAUAUGGAUUCAUUUAUUAAGAUAUUGGAAGUGAAAGUUAUUAUAAAUGAUAUUAAUGACCAUCAGCCUGAGUUUCCUGUUAAAAACAUAACCCUCCAGUUUGACGAAGGAGAUAAGAAGGGAAUGGUCAAGUUUAUACCAAAUGCCAUUGACAGAGAUGUCGGCAUUCUGAAUUCACAAAUUACAUACAUGCUGGAAAGAAAUGUUGAUGAUCCAUUUAAAUUAUCUGUUACCAAAACAGUUGAUGGCACUGCCAAAUUAGGAAUUGUUUUAGAUGUAAGUUUAGACAGAGAAGUAAAAGACAAAUAUAACUUGAGAGUUAAAGCAAGAGACGGAGGCUCUCCUUCAAGGCAAGGUUUUUUGGAUAUUCAUAUAAACGUAGCUGAUCUUAAUGAUAACCCUCCCGUCUUCUCAAAGAAUAUUUAUAAUGUCUCUCUUGAAAAUACACAUCACUUUGAUACACCACUUGUUACUAUGUCUGCAACAGACCUUGAUUCUGGUAAAAAUGGUAAAUUUUUAUUCCACAUUAAUUCGAAAACAUCAAAUUUGACAAAGACUUAUUUUCGGCUCGAUCCAAGAACAGGCGAGAUAUUUCUAAACAAUAAAUUUAGUUUGGAAAAAAGACGGACAUAUAAACUGUUUAUUGAAGCAAGUGAUAAUGGCAGUCCACCGCUCAGUUCGACCGCAAUUGUUUUGAUAAAUAUCAUCAACCAACAUAACAAUGCUCCCUCGGUGGAAGUUAACUUCUUUUCAGAAUCCACUGGAGACACAGUUACCAUUUCUGAAGGAAUCAAAAUUGGCAGUUUCAUUGCCUAUGUAAAAGUUACUGAUAAUGACAGUGGACAGAACGGUGAGGUCAGCUGUGACCUUUACCAUGAUAAAGUCCAGCUUCAGAGCUUAGGAAGAAAUAAAUACAAAGUAGUCAUAAAAAAUCUUGUCGACAGAGAACGCGAACAUUCUAUUGAUUUUACCAUUACUUGCCGAGAUAAAGGCUCCCCUCCCCUACACACAGAAAAUUCUUUCUCUGUGCAAGUGAUGGAUGUCAAUGAUGUACGACCACAGUUUACGAAGGACACUUUUAGAUUUCUGACCUAUGAAAAUGAGAAAAUAAAUUUCCCAGUUGGUUUUAUCAAUGCAACAGACCAAGAUGAAGGCUUGGGAGGUCAAUUGAGUUUUUAUCUAGAGCAAAGCAAAAACCAUUUAUUUCCUUUCCAAAUUUCGGAUUUCGGAUUUAUUCUAACUACUGAAUCAUUAGAUCGAGAACAACAGGACGUUUAUGAAUUUAAAGUUUUAGUAAAAGACAAUGGUAUGCCGUCCCUUAACAACACAGCUAAUGUGAUUGUUGAAGUGAUGGAUGAGAAUGACAACGCACCAUAUUUCAGCUUUCCUAGUGUUAACCCUUUCAGUUUAGAUGUCCACUACCAUCCACAAAGCAAGAAUGAUAUCACAGUUCUGAAAGCAUCAGAUAGGGAUAGUUAUGAGAAUGCCUUUCUCAAAUACGAAAUUCUAAGUGGCAACGAUAAGCAGCUUUUUACAGUUAAUCCUUACAGUGGUGUUCUAUCAUUUUCACGUACUGUUUAUCAAAAUGAUGCCGGCUCCUAUGAGCUCCAGUUUGUUGUCAAAGACAGUGGAACACCAGUGCUUUCUGCCAAGACUACAAUGUCUUUGAUGCUAACAGUGAGCAAUAAAACAACAAAAUUAAUGACUACUGUUUAUUCGAAAUCAGACAAAAAAAUCCACAUCAAUUUGUUUAUUAUAAUACUUGUGGCCAUCCUCAUUGUGUCCAUUGCAAUUGUUGUCUCAAUUACCAUGUGCAUAGUACGCAGAAAUAACCAGAGGGCGGCACACUUUGCUAACACCAGUGAAUUUGUGGAUGAAAGCAGACAACUAAAAUUUUACACAGACGAGAUGACCUCUCAAAGCGGAACUCCAGUGGCUGUACCAGAUCUAGGAAAGUAUGAAAAAGCUCACAUGUCAGACUUUUGUGCUGAUUCACACUCUGGGCUUGACUCAAGUCUGGAAUCAAGGAAAGUCUCUGCCUCUGGAAUACACUGUCAAGCUACAACAGAGGGGACACAUCCAAUGUGCAUCCAAAAAAUAGUUGUGACACCCGAUGGUAGAAAAUACAAAGAAACUGCAUUCAAUGCACCGUGUCGCUACAACGAACUAUCGUCGACACCGGUGCCUUAUACAGAUAGAAGACAUAAUUUGAACAAGAGAGAAACAGGUCACUAUGAAGAACUAUCUGCACAUCAAUAUUCCAAGCCUGAUAAACAGCCGAAAACAUCCACAUCAUUAUCACCAUCAUCAUCAUCAUUAACAACAAAAACAGCAACAACAACAACAUCAUUAUCAUCUUCAGGCGUAAAGUCAUCACCAACCUUGAGUAGUAUUGGCAAACCAAAGGAUAUCUACACACCAGUAAAAUCUUCUGUUCAAUCAAAGCUGCAAAAUCCAAACUCCCUCAACACUGAUGUCAUAGACCUGAAGUCCAUUUCCGAGGGCCACAGUGGAACCGGCAUUUCCAGUCAGCUCUGGGACCUUCCCAUGAAAAACAGCUUCACGUCGCACACAAAACCACUACCAGCAGUGCCAAAGAGACUUUACCAAAUUACAAAAUAAAACUAGAAGCAAGCUUUAUAACAACAGAAGCCUCAACAACAUCAAGAACAAGAACAACCAAAAGCGGGAAAUUGUUUACGAAGUGAUGAAGAACAGAAAGACACAUACACACAAAAAAAAAUUUUUUUAAGUAUCCUUUAACUGGCUUGUUUGAACAGAUGGACAAACAGACUCUGUAGAAAGUGAGCUGCAAAAAGAGAGAGGGAGAAAGAGAAAGAGAGAGACAAACCGACAGAUAGACAUAUGUUUUUACAGUACCCAUUCAACUUUCGCAAAACAAUGCUAAUAUGGAUGUUAAAAUUUUAUGGACGGCUAUACCAUUGGCGUUGCAAUGUUUACAGGAGUUGCACACCUUGAACAGAUUAAAAGAAAAAAAUAAAUGAACAAAUGAAUAAAAAUUGAAAAAAGCUAAUUUUCACCUGUACAUAUAUGUAAAUAUAAAACUAAUACAUACACUGCUUUGCAGAGAAAUUCCACAUACAGUAUCACCCACUUCUAACAAUAAACAAAAGAAAUAUCUAUAUAAUAGAAAAAAUACAUUCUACUACAAAAAUAUUUUCCCACCUUAAAAAAGGAUGAUUUUACAAAGCAGUAAACAUGAGUGAUGUCACAGAUCAUGUGACAAGUCCCUUACCUAUAAUACCUUUUCCAUUUCUGACCCUAAUAUGAUUUCACAUCUACUGAUGAUCAGUGAUAUCCACUUGGAUUCCUGCAUGAAACCUUGAUAUGGAUUUAAACCCACAGUUAACUAUACUCAGAUAUAAUUGGGCACUACACACUUUACUACAUCUGUGUAUUAAGCACUUUCAUAUUUGUAGAAAUAACACAAUACAGUCACACACAUAUAAGCACAUACAUACAUACAUAUGAAGCUGAGGCAUCACUCAGCUUCUUCUCUGAGUUCCCCAUUUCUUUUCUUUACAUUUGUGAACAUAAAUGCACACAAUACACACACACAAACGCACACACACAUUUCAUUAAAUACAUGACUACAUUCAGAUUUAAUCUUCUAUAUUUUUCAUAUUUUCUUACUAACUUUUUACAGUUGGUUUGGAAUUGUCGAUUUCCUGAAUCCAUGUUCAAUGUUUCUAGACCUUCACAGCCUCAUUAUCAGGAGUUAAACAUAGUCGACGUUUGUGUUAUUUCUUAUACACUGAAUGAGAUUGUAUUGACUUUCUGCCUGCAAAAGGUGUAUUGAUCAUCAGUAUGAAGCCACAGGACUUAGAAAUGCUACUUUUCCAAACCAACAGGAAAAAAUCUAAAAACAAAAUAUGAAAUAUAAAAGAAAGAACAUGAACAUAGUCGUGUAUUUAAUAAACCAUGCAUAAAAGAAAAGCUGUUUCCCCAUAUAUACAACCAUAUGUGUAUAUAUUGUCAAAUGUGACAUAAUAAAAUACUCCAAACAAAUUUAA